AUGUCGAGGAAGGCAGGAUUUGGAGGCAGCACGAGGUGUCAAGAGUGUGGAAACAAAGCCAAGAGAGAUUGUGGGUUCAUGAGGUGUCGCACUUGUUGCAGAAGCAAAGGAUUUGAAUGUCAAACGCAUGUCACAAGCACUUGGGUCCCUGCUUAUAGAAGGAACCCUAAAAGACUUCGGCAAAAUCCUUCUUCAGGGCUAGAAGUGAGGGAUUUUCCAGCUGAAGUGACUUCUGAGGCGAGGUUCCGACGAGUUCGAGUGAGCUCCGGUGAAGAUGGAGGUGGUCAUCAGUAUGCUUAUAGGACUAGUGUGAAUAUUGAAGGCGGUCUGUUUAAGGGUAUUCUCUAUGAUCAUGGCCUUCAUCAAGAACUAGGCGAAGGCUCUUCUCAAGAGACGUAUAUGCAGCAACAGCAGGCAAAUGAAAUCGGUUCUGCUGCGGCUCUAACAAUGGCUGCUGCUACUUCAAGAACAGCAACUGCUUUGGUUACUACAGAAACACUUGUUCCUUUUGCAUAUGCAUCUCCCUAUAAUGCUUUCAUGUCAGCUGGUGCACAAGUUUUCCUUCAUCCAAAACCUUAA